AUGGCGGCGAUAUGGGUCCUCAGACUCGGCACCCAGUACUGGGAUAUCUUCGAUAUGGCUUGCACAAACUGCUUCCAUCCAACCUCAAAUGGAGGCACCACCGAAGAAGAAGCGCGGAAGACCACCAAAACACAUUCUUCUAGACUGGACCCAUACGCUCUACAUGUGGGCGAGAACAGGCUGCUUCGCGACUUGUUGAUGACAAAGGAGGUAACAGUCUACCUCAACAUCCGCAACGCAAUCCUCAGACUCUGGCAUGCGAAUCCUCUCGUCAGUGUCACGCCUGAAGAGGCAUCUGGAUGUGCUAAAGAAAGUCGAUUCUUCGGUCUGGCCGAGGUCGCGUAUAAAUGGCUUACACGGAAUGGCUAUAUCAAUUUCGGAUGCGUCCAACCUCCGAAGGCUCACACUCUACCCAAGCGCUAUCCGAAGGAAGCGAGGCAACGUACGGUAGUCGUGAUCGGUGCGGGUGUUUCGGGCUUGACGACUGCACGACAACUGGAAAGCUUGUUCAUACAAGAGGCAGCGAAAUGGAUUGGCAUGGGCGAGCGACCACCCCGAGUAAUAGUGCUUGAGGGGAGAAGACGCAUUGGCGGUCGUGUAUACUCGAAGCCUUUGAGAAGUCAAGUCACAGGAAGUCUACCAAAUCAGCUACGAAAUACGGCUGAAAUGGGCGCUAUGAUAGUGACUGGUUUCGAGCACGGCAAUCCCCUCGACACGAUCAUACGCGGCCAACUAGGUCUUCGGUAUCACCUUAUGAAGGAUGCACUGACGAUAUACGACUGCGAUGGUCGGCCGGUGCAGGAAGAGCGAGACACACUGAACACUGAAUUGUACACGGACAUCUCAGAUCGGGCGGGAGAUUACCGCGCAGAGCCACAAAAGCAAGACACCUUACGAGGCGAUGAAGAUCUUAUCAACCGAUGCCGUGAUCCGGCUCCCGACGGGUUUGCUGCUUUCCAGCUCGAGCCGAUACCCAGUGCGCACCUCAAGCCGCACAUUCCAGCAGCCAGAAGAGGGAGAAGACGAAAUGCACCGCCAGGCACCGAAAAGCUCACGGGCCGUAGUCAGGUCAUCGAGGGCGAAAGUGCUACCGUGAGUGCUUCGCGUGCAGCCAAGAACAUGGGCUGGGAAGUCAGACCAGGCGUCGCUCGAAAUCAGAGCAUCUCACUGAACAAGAUCGCGAAUGCUGGUGACUACCCCACACUCGGCACAGUCAUGGACGAAGCCAUUAUACAAUAUAAGGACUUGAUCGACCUCACGCCGCUUGACAUGAGACUUCUCAAUUGGCAUCAUGCAAAUCUAGAAUAUGCAAACGCUGCGCCAGUCUCAUCGUUGAGUCUCAGUGGCCACGAUCAGGACACUGGCAAUGAAUUCGAAGGAGCGCACUCAGAAGUCGUCGGUGGUUACACACAGGUGCCUCGAGGUCUUAUGAAUUUGCCCACGAAGCUCGACGUGCGGUUCGGUCGGAUCGUGGACAGCAUUCAUUACGAUGAUGGCAAUGGCCAUGAUGAGCCUAUUGCUACGAAAGUGGUGUGCACUAACGGCGAGAUUUACGAAGCAGAUGAAGUUGUGAUGACGGCCCCUCUCGGUGUACUGAAGUCAGGUGCGAUUGAUUUUGAUCCGCCGCUGCCAGGCUGGAAGUUCGGGGCGAUUGAUCGCUUGGGCUUCGGUCUGCUAAACAAGGUCGUUCUCCUCUACGACAAGCCAUUCUGGGACGAUGAUCGCGACAUGUUCGGCUUGCUCAAUGAUCCCGAGACUCACGGCAGUCUUGACCCAUCAGACUACGCCAGAAAGAGAGGGCGCUUUUACUUGAUAUGGAAUGCGUCCAAGAUCAGCGGACGGCCAAUGCUUAUCGCUCUCAUGGCAGGAAAUGCGGCACACGAAGCAGAAUGGGCGGACACCAGUACACUCAUGAAUGAGGUUACCGACAGACUACGUGGCAUUUUCCCCUCGGUCCAGGUUCCAGCACCGCUUGAGGUGAUUGUCACCAGAUGGAGAAGAGAUCCAUUUACAAGAGGCACAUACUCCUAUGUGGCACCGGAGACAAGACCUGGUGACUACGACCUAAUGGCGCGUUCUGUGGGCAACCUGCAUUUUGGCGGUGAAGCGACGUGCGGCACGCACCCGGCAACUGUACACGGCGCUUUCUUGUCUGGUUUGCGCGUAGCUGCCGAUGUCAUUGAUGAUAUGGCAGGGCUCAUCACAGUUCCCGAACCUCUAGUUGGACCUGGGCCUAUCAAGCAAGACUUCUCAGCAAGCUACGGAGCGCAUUUGCACCCCCCGUUCGCGCAAGCCGGUGUGCUCACCACCACUGAAGUGCUUCCUGUAGCCUUGGACGCAGCACCCGCACAACCAUUCAUCAAACAAGAAGAAGGUGCUACCGAAGUGCCCACGUUGCCGAUGAUACCUGCUCAUGCCCCACCGCCAUUGCAGAAGAAGCCCUCUGGUCCACCAGCCAAGAGCGUGUGCGCAGGUGACGCGUCUUUCUGGGUUUCUGCUAAUUUCGAUGGUUCCGACCUAGAUUACGAAGCAGCUAUCAUGGCGACGAUUCUCGGUCAGCUCGGCGAACGUCCCGUGAAGCCCACUCGGCCCGGAGUGAAUCCCUUUUUACUGUUCACGAAGGAGAAAUGGGACGAGUGCAAGGAUUUCGUCACCAAGGAAAAUAAGGCUGCCGGCCGCAACGUAAUUCGUCAGACCAUAGGCAAGUGGUGGCAGGGAGCAGACGAUGAAGCAAAACAACCAUACUUGGCGCAGAGCCAGCUGGCCCAAGAGCAGGCAGAUUCGCUGCGUCGCGAUUGGGAGAUGAAUGUGGCAAAGUGGGACCAAGAAGCAACGAGGUUGAGGAAGGAGUACAUGGAGGCGCACCCUCGGCCGCAAGGCAGUACAGGUGGUGAGAAGGUGGGUGUCAGCAAGAGAAAGACAAAUGUGAGCAACAAUAUUGUGCUGGACCAUACGAUAUGAUCCGACGGCGCCGAUGGGCAUUGACAUAUUUUGGCGGCCUGGGAUCUACGGCAUGGUUAUGGGGAUAAUCGAUAUGUGGUGCUUGAUAGGUAUGCAUAGCGUUGACAUGGCUCUGGAGAGGAGAAGUAAAUCCUUGAAGACGCCGCUGCGUUCUGUUCCG